GUCGAGACUGCCGAGACUUCGGAGGCGAGUUGUGUACGCCUCAUGGUACGCACGACUCAUUGCCCACUAGAUCUAGGUUUCACAAGCUUGAGAGCGUUCACAAAACUCACGCACCGGUAACAGUUAAAAGUCCACUACUCGCAACGCUGAACAUUUCUCACCACUCAGUCCCAAUACCACCAUUUACCUUUCCUCAUGCAUUCUUCAAAGAUAAAAAAGAAGAUCGAUCGCUUUCGAAUUCUCAUAAUAGGAAGAGCGAAUGCAGGGAAAACUACCAUCCUCCAGAGGGUGUGCAAUACCAAAGAGAACCCGGAAAUAUUUAAUAGCGCUGGGGAAAAGAUCGAUGCCGCUGUUUUGACAGCAUCUAGAGAGCGUGGAGAGCACGACAUCGACAACGAAAUGGUGUUCAAAACCAACCCGGGAUUCAUCUUCCAUGAUUCGCGCGGAUUCGAAGCAGGCGGGGAAUCCGAGUAUGAUAAGAUGAACAAAUUUAUCGCAGACCGUUCGAAGGAAGCAGAUAUCAAGGAUAGAAUCCACACUAUAUGGUAUUGCAUACCUAUGGAUCAGGCAAGCCGCUGUUUUACCGAAGCCGAAACCAAAUUCUUCUCCCACUGCGACACUGGAACCAUUCCAGUCAUCGUAAUAUUCACCAAAUUUGACGCACUCUACGCUACUGAAUUCACACGACUGAUAGAAAACGGAAUGUCGAGGAAAGAUGCCAAACGACUGGCGCCAAAGCACGCCAAGAACUCAUUUGCGAACGGGCCACAGGUGAAGCUUCUAUACGACCCAAAGACCAUCCGACGGCCUCCAAAAUGCCACGUCUGCCUCCCAGACAUGAACAAGGAUGAUGCUGAUUGUGGGCCACUCAUCGAACGGACCGCUGGAACUUUGGACGAUCAAGUCCUUCAGCAAUUGUUCGUCUCGACCCAGCAGACCAACUUAGAAUUCUGCAUGAAAUAUGCAGUUGAGACGUAUCUACCCAUCAUUUGCCUGCCGCGAGCAUUAUUGACUAUCGUGCAGAGCACUUGCAAAGCUUGUUGCCCCAGAUGGGAAAAUAUCAUCUGA